AUGGAUUCAGAAGAAGAUAGUGAUGAGAUUUAUGAUGAAAUUGAUCGUCAUCACAUGUCACUGGAUAUGCCUGAGAGUGAUAAGGUAGAUACUACGAUUCGUAGGCAGGUGGAGAUAUUAAAUGUCGAAGGAGAUUCAUCAAAUGUUGAUGAUGAUUAUGACAAUGAAGAGGAGAGAAAUUCUUUUUCGGAUUCUGACAACGAUGAUUUAAAUAACGUUGAGAACUUUUUACCUUCGGCGGAUAGAUGGGGUAGUAGUCGGAGAAGUUUCUACAACACUUCGUAUGUCGAUGGGGAUUGGGGUGGCAUGAAUGAAACAGAAGCAGAAUUAGCCGAAUUGGAAGAGGAAGAUGCGAUUGCAAGGCAGAAGAAACUAGAUGCUACUCUUGGCUUUUUGCCUAUGCAAUUUCAGGCUGAAAUCCAUGAAGAAGAAGCUGCUCAUGAUUUGAGUGAACCUCCAGAUAUUGAUAGCAUGACUACAGAAAAACAAUACGAAUAUUUUUUAAAAAGAACAUAUUUCCUAAGCGAUGUGCUUCCUCUCUUAGAUUUGGCUCAUUCAGUGAAACAUUUGCGACCAGGUUUAGUGCUAGAAAAGCAACUACUUCUUGUAGUUAACGUAUUUUCGAGAUACUUAAGCAAUUUGUUGUUUGCAAUUCACAUAAAGAUUGCCGGCAAUUCUGCUCAACAAGUUCCUCAAUUUAUCGAUCAUCCUGUUCUGCAAGCUCUUUCAAUUCUUCGAAAAAAAGUGUUCGUUGUUACACGUUUCCUUGAAAAACACGGUGGCAUUCUGGGGAAGAUAAGAAAUAACAUUAAAUCGAGAGAUUUCGAGAAUAUGUUAGAUGUAUUGCCAACAAUAGAGUUUGCAUGGAAACGGAAAAUUUCUAAGGGAAGUGAAGAAAAUGAGCAACUACUAAUCGAAAAAGUUGAAAGAGAUAGUAAAAUCCAGGUUGUGAAUAACAAAGUGGAGGAAGGAAUUAUGAAACGUUCAAUAAACAACCAAAUUGAGAAGAAUAAAGGUUUGCAAAAUAAGCGGAAGAAAGGGACACAGCAUUCACGAAUCAAGAAGAGAAAACAAUUCAAGAAAGCUUUAAUCAAAAAACACUCACAAAAGCCUGGUGUACGGAAAGAGUUAAUUCCAUACGGAGGUGAAACCCGAGGAAUCAGAGCAUCGACUGUGAAAAGUGUUAAACUGAAAGCCUAG